AUGAUAUCGAAAAGUAUCUUGGCUCAUCCGAUUUUAUCCCAGCCGUUUCUAUCGCUGGGCUUCACCUCGCUCUCCUUACUCCUACUAGUAUUGAUCCUCUUAUCUGUACCUGGACCUAUCAAGAGCCUGUAUUGGUUCUCAAUAAAGACUGAGGAUGGUGAAUCUCUAAGUGCAGGCGUACUGGGUUGGUGUAUGUCCAACACCAGUAACUGUACUUAUGCUCCUUUAUCCGAUAAUACUUACCUAUCAUCGAUGAUCAAUACUGGCGAGGCACUGUUAGUCCGUACGAUGCUACCAUUAUCAUGUUAUUGGAUGAUCGUCACUUUCCUGAUCUGGAUCGGUCUGACCGUCCUAAUUCCAAUCGAGGGAUACAAAAUCAAAAACCUAGAUUCGAUCAUCCGUCAUUUACGAUUUUCAAUCUUGGAGGCGUUCGUACUGUGUAUGAGUCUCUUUGGAAAUAUACUCGCAUGGUUGGCCUUUGGGCUUAGUAGGAAUGCAUUCGAGAGUAUAAAGAGGAAAGGAGGGAAACCAAAGAGUGGUAAUGCUAUGGAGACCACCGCUGUGGCAGCUUUCAUCUCGCUUCUAUCCCUCUUCUUCGCAAUCUGGGGCUUGCAUCUCCGUCUGAAAUCCGCUCAGAAACAAUGGAAAGAAGAAGCCGUGAUGGUUCGUCGACGAUCUAUGGCACUGUGUGUUAACGGUGUAGUCAAUCCCGAUAAUGCCGAUGUGCUCGGUGAGAGGGACGAAGCAAGGUUGGAAAAGAGGUUAUCAACCAUUUCAGGAGAUAGUUUCAGACUUGGAGGUGGAGCGUUGGAAAAUGGCAGAAAUAGUAUUUACAAAGCUACUUACCAACCCCAGCCUCAAGCUCAAUCGCAGUCUAGAUCUCAUUCUAGUAAUGGGCAUGGACAUGGUGAUCAAGAAGAACGAUUGAGUGAGGGGGAUGAUCACGAGGCCCAAACUCAGAAUCAAGCUCAGAUGGUCAGAAGGUUCUCACUGCACGAUUCACCAUACACCGCAGCAGCUGGAGCUGGCCACCCAAACUAG